CGCAGCUCGCCGCCGGCGCGGACCGCCAUGCCUUCCUGGGUCAUUGACCGGUACGGCCGCAACGAGGUGCUGCGCUUUACCAGGGACAUGGCGCUGCCCGCCAUACGCUUCCCCAACGAGGUGGUGAUUAAAGUGCACGCCGCGAGCCUGAACCCCAUAGACCUUAGCAUGAGAAGUGGUUAUGGUGCCACUGCAUUGAAUAUGAAGCGGGAUCCCCUGAAACUGAAUAGUGUGGAGAAUGAAUUUCCACUAACGCUUGGUCGAGAUGUGUCUGGUGUAGUUAUGGAAUGUGGACUAAGUGUGUCUUAUUUCAAACCUGGAGAUGAGGUAUGGGCAGCAAUUCCUCCAUGGAAACAAGGCACUUUGUCAGAGUUUGUUGUAGCUAGUGGAAAUGAGGUGUCUUUUAAGCCCAAGUGUCUCAGUCACACGGAAGCUGCUUCCUUACCAUACGUAGGUCUCACAGCAUGGUCUGCAGUUAACAAUGUUGGAGGACUGAAUGACAAAAAUUGUGGUGGGAAAAGAGUAUUAAUAUUAGGAGCUUCAGGAGGAGUUGGUACGUUUGCUGUACAGCUAGUGAAAGCCUGGGGUGCUCAUGUUACAGCAGUUUGUUCUAAUGACGCCAUCAUUCUGAUGAAAAAGCUUGGAGUGGAUGAUGUGAUUGAUUACAAAUCUGGAAAUUUGGAAGAGCGACUUAAAACGUUACCUUUAUUUGAUUUCAUCUUAGAUAACGUUGGUGGAUCCACUGAGAAGUGGGCUCUAGAUCUCCUAAGGAAAUGGUCAGGAGCAACAUAUGUUACCUUAGUAACACCUUUCUUAAUCAAUAUGGACAGACUUGGAGUGGCUGAUGGCAUGCUACGAACGGGAGUCACUAUUGGUUCCAAAACUGUAAAGCAUCUAUGUAAAGGAGUUCAUUAUCGGUGGGCGUUUUUUAUGCCAAGUGGCCCAUGUUUGGAUGAAAUAGCAGAACUGGUUGAUUCUGGAAAGACAUCUUAAUUUUGGGAUUGUGUGAGAUGUGACUAUGACAGCAAUUGGGGAGCUGCUGGAAAAGAGAGAGAGCGCCGUUUUUCAGGAAAGUCAUGAGGGGGGGGAUUCUCUGUUGUGAUCAGUGGGAUAAACUUAUAAAAGAGGGUAAUUAAAAAGAGCUAAUGGUUUAAAGAGAUGCUGUUACAUAAAGUGAAGCUUUGAAGAGCAUGUCCCUGAAGCAGAUACAGAUUAUAUUGAUUUGACAGCGUUUUAUUUUUUUUCUUCUAGUCCUUUUGCAAAAACACAGAUCUUUGGUUCUAACGUGUUCCAUAAUUUUCCUUUGCAAAAGCAGUAAUGGCAGGUGACAGAUAAGCAAAAAGGUCAUUUUGUUUAAAGAUACUUGGUUUUCACACAGAUGAGUUUUGCAGCAAGGAAAUCUAUUUUUUAAACAGAUUCCUUUUUAUGCAGGGCUGUCUUUUUUAAUGGGGUGGAGAAGGAAGGGAUUUGAGGGGCUGGUAUGGCACGGAGGAAGGAGAAUCAUUUUCCUUUUUUAACUUCCUGCACGUUAACACAAAUCUGGGGAUUGUAAAAAAAACAGUGCUGUUUUCCUCCCAUGAGCUGUUUUCCCUGUCUUGCUGCUGAGCAUCUUGCUAAGAGACUGAAGGGCUUAGAGUCUGCUGGAACAGCAGUGGGCAAGGAGAAAAACAAAUAUUUCCUUGUCACAUCUUAGAGAUACUGGUUAUUUUCUAAACUGCUGUGAUGUCCCUGCUGCAGGUUGCACUCGGCCAGUUAAUUACUAGCCUGUAAGGGUUGGUUUAACUUGGGCUCCAUCAAAUUAGCUGAUGAAGUGCAUGUCAGAAGCUAGGGAUCUCUUUCCGUGGCAGAACACUCCUUAUGAAUUAUAAGGUUCUAAUCGAAAGACAACUAAAAUCAAUAGAGCCUUUGGUUCAGGACAUAAAUUUGCUUCAGCCAGCAGACUGCCAGCAUCAUCACUGGCCGCUGCUGCCGGGUUAAACCGAAAGGCUCAUCGGAGACUAGUUUGAUGUACUUGUGAUUAAGUGUUGUGAACCUAACUGACAAGACUGACAGUCUUGGUUUUUUGCUUCUUGCUUAAUGCUUAACUUUUUGUUUCUUACUAAUGAUGUGCUGCUUGGUCCUUGGUGGAAAAUACACCAAGUUAUACAUGCUGUGUAGGUUUGUAGAAAACCUGUGACUUGUAAUUGAGCACUUUGCCUAUUAUAAAGCCUAGUGGAGGAAGGCAGCUCUCCCCUUUACUAUACUAAUGAGUUUCUUGAGCCUACGUAUGUCGUAUGUUAUUGCUAGACUGUUAGGGUGUGGGUUAAUGUGCAGCCCAAAAGAAAUUUGAAAUUCUCAUUUUAAUUAGGUGCCUUUUAAUUGUGCUGUAAGCAUAUGCGCGCAGUAUUUCUGCUGGCUUCUCUCUCCUUCAGAGAAAAGUUGCAUCAGAUGGGCUGCCAAGUGAAAGUUGAUUUCACAGAAGGAGGGCUAAGGCAAGAAGUGAAGUCUGUGCUCGUGAAAUUAAUAGAUCAUUCUGUGUUGUUUCUCCUUUCUAGGUAUAUGUUACAGCACAUAGACAUACAAGAGAAGCAAUUGCGUGCCUAUAUUAAUGUAAUUUUGUUAGUAGUAUCAGUUAUACUUUUUGCCGAAGACACUAUAGAUGCUUUGGACUUAGAGGCCUACUUUUGUGGAUUGGAAGACAGGACAUGCUCACUGUUCAUUGGCUCUGCUCUCAUCUUCCUGUAUGGUGCUGUACAAAUCGCAUAAUCUUUCUGUACCCUGAUUUCUCUGUCUGCUAAUGAAGGCUAAUGUCACUUAUCCAUCUUUGGAUGCUGUCCUCUGAGAUUUCCUGUUAAAAUGUAGAAUGUAAUUGUUUUCUACUGCUAGUCUUUACUGUGCAGGAAGCAAAUAACACAAAUGAAUAUGGUCAUCUCCUUUGA